GCGGCGGCGGCGGUGGCCGCGGCGUCUUUAGCGGCGCCCAGUGCAGGAUGGUGCUGGAGGCGGCGGCGGCCGUGGUGGCGGCGGCGGCGUUGUUGGCGGCAGCGGGAGGGGGAACGGUGGCGGCAGCGGCGGCGGCGCCCGCGGGUGGUAUAAAAUGGCGGAUUUCGAAGAGUUGAGGAAUAUGGUUUCUAGUUUUAGGGUUUCUGAACUACAAGUGUUACUAGGCUUUGCUGGGCGGAAUAAAAGUGGACGCAAACAUGACCUACUGAUGAGGGCACUGCAUUUAUUGAAGAGUGGCUGCAGCCCUGCGGUUCAGAUUAAAAUCCGAGAAUUGUAUAGACGUCGAUAUCCACGGACUCUUGAAGGACUUUCUGACUUAUCCACAAUCAAAUCAUCGGUUUUUAAUUUGGAUGGUAACUCCUCACCUGUAGAACCUGACUUGGCUGUGGCAGGAAUCCACUCAUUACCCUCCACUUCAGUUACACCUCACUCUCCGUCCUCUCCUGUUGCUUCUGUGCUGCUUCAAGAUACCAAGCCCACGUUUGAGAUGCAGCAGCCAUCUCCUCCAAUUCCUCCUGUCCAUCCUGAUGUGCAGUUAAAAAACCUGCCCUUUUAUGAUGUCCUUGAUGUUCUCAUCAAGCCCACAAGUUUAGUUCAAAGCAGCAUUCAACGAUUUCAAGAGAAGUUUUUUAUUUUUGCUUUGACACCUCAGCAAGUUAGAGAGAUAUGCAUAUCAAGGGAUUUUUUGCCAGGUGGUAGGAGAGAUUAUACAGUCCAAGUUCAGCUGAGACUUUGCCUGGCGGAGACGAGUUGUCCUCAAGAAGAUAACUAUCCCAAUAGUCUAUGUAUAAAAGUAAAUGGGAAGCUGUUUCCUUUGCCUGGCUAUGCACCACCACCUAAAAAUGGGAUUGAACAGAAGCGCCCUGGACGUCCCUUGAAUAUUACAUCAUUAGUUAGGUUGUCUUCAGCUGUGCCAAACCAGAUUUCCAUUUCUUGGGCAUCUGAAAUUGGAAAGAAUUAUUCCAUGUCUGUGUAUCUUGUACGGCAACUCACAUCAGCCAUGUUACUACAGAGAUUAAAAAUGAAAGGUAUUAGAAACCCUGAUCAUUCCAGAGCACUAAUUAAAGAAAAACUUACUGCAGAUCCAGAUAGUGAAAUUGCUACAACUAGUCUUCGAGUAUCCUUGAUGUGUCCUUUAGGAAAAAUGAGGCUGACAAUCCCGUGCCGUGCUGUGACUUGUACACAUCUACAGUGCUUUGAUGCUGCCCUUUAUCUACAAAUGAAUGAGAAGAAGCCCACCUGGAUUUGUCCUGUGUGUGACAAAAAAGCUGCCUAUGAAAGUCUAAUAUUAGAUGGGCUUUUUAUGGAUCUCAAUGACUGUUCUGAUGUGGAUGAAAUCAAAUUCCAAGAAGAUGGUUCUUGGUGUCCAAUGAGACCGAAGAAAGAAGCUAUGAAAGUAUCCAGCCCAACCUCUUCAAGUGUACUCAGUAAGCCUUGUUCAGUGACUGUAGCCAGUGAGGCAAGCAAGAAGAAAGUGGAUGUUAUUGCUACAAUAGAAAGCUCUUCUGAUGAAGAGGAAGACCCUCCUGCCAAGAGGAAAUGCAUCUUUAUGUCAGAAACACAAAGCAGCCCAACCAAAGGGGUUCUCAUGUAUCAGCCAUCUUCUGUAAGGGUGCCCAGUGUGACUUCGGUUGAUCCUGCUGCUAUUCCGCCUUCAUUAACAGACUACUCAGUACCAUUCCACCACACGCCAAUAUCAAGCAUGUCAUCAGACUUGCCAGGUUUGGAUUUUCUUUCCCUUAUUCCAGUUGAUCCCCAGUACUGUCCUCCUAUGUUUUUGGAUAGUCUCACCUCACCCUUAACAGCAAGCAGUACGUCCGUCACCACCACCAGCCCCCAUGAAAGCAGUACUCAUGUUAGUUCAUCCAGCAGCAGAAGUGAGACAGGGGUCAUAACCAGCAGUGGAAGUAACAUUCCUGACAUCAUCUCAUUGGACUAAAGGCGGACUCAUUUGAUUCUGGGAAUCAUUCAUCAAAACUGCUCUUUCUUGGAUCUCUGGUCCAUGGAUGCUAUUUUUUUGGCAAUUUGAUAUUUAUUGAAACGUCAAAUGGAUUCUUUUGCUUUCUGAGAGAUGAACACAGAUGACUGAAGCAAGAACCAAAUGACACACAAGAACUUAUCUUACUCAUGCUGUAUGCUGAGCAUCAGAUACAUUUCAGCCAUAACGGUGUCUUCUUGAGCUGUGGAUUUCAAUUUCAUACAUUACUGGAUGGAUUCUACAAGGCAGUUUAAAGUUUUUUGUUAUAUUAAACAGCAAUAAAAAUUAUGUAAAUAUUUAAACUUUUCUAAUUGAAAAAAGAUGUAAUCACUGAUUCUAAAAUGAUAGCAACUUCUGUUUAAUCUAAUGUGAAAGAAAAAAUAUAUGGAAAGAAGUCAUGUUUGCUGAAUGAGUCUUUUCCACGGAGAGUUGUUCUAUUUUGUUGAAGUAAUGAAGUUUUGAGAAGUGGCCAAAGCUUGGGUUCCACUAUUCUUGCAAUUUCGCUCUUCAUGAUUCCAUCAAAGAAAAAUGACCUUUGUGGUGUUCGUUUUUCCCUGGUUGCCAUUUACAUUUUGAUACUGUUUGCUAUUGAAUGCAGAGGAAGUUCUAGGAUUUGGCUGCUCUUUAUUAGUGAUUAUGUCUAAGAACACUAUGCACAUUCUGCCCUGACAUGAUGUAUUAUUUUUGGUAAUUGUACAUUCUCAUUCUAGAAUUUUCUAUAAAUUUAGGGUUUGCCUUCUUAAAUUCUAUGCAGCCUUUGAAUGAAAUGUUUUUGAGGUAAGGUGUGGCUGGAGAGUUUGUUAGAAUUUCUUUGCAAUGUCUAGACAUAUUGAUAGUUUGGAGGCAGUGGAAGGACAGAUUUAGGGAAGGUGAAAAUAACAAAAUUUAGUUUCUUCCUAAGAACUUAAUUUGCUCAUUGAUUUUAUAGGAAAAUAUCCAAAUCUUUGUUGAAACUUCACAUUUUAAUGGCAGUGACAUAGAAAUCAUGUUUUAGGUCUCCAAUCAUGUUUUUGCCAAUGUAAUUUCUGUUUCAUGCAGCGAUUUUCAAAAGGAAAAGACAAUUGGAAGGGAAGGGGACAUUGUCAAUUUCUUUUUCCUUUUUUUCAGUCUUUCUUGAAACCACAAAAGAUGAGGGGCAUAAAGCCCACUUCAUGUCUCACUCCAUGGUGCCCAGAAACACUCCACCCCUCUGUCUCUUUGAAAACCACUGUCCUAUAUCAUUUGUUUAACUUUAAACCACUCAUAAACUGGGUUUUCCUUGUAGAAAAACAUUUUUAUCCAAGUUUUAUAUUUUAUUUCAUUUGACUUCUUAAAUUAUUUGAGUUCUUAAGGAGCUAGUAUUUUCUUGAUGUGCAGCUUUCUCUCCCUAGGCUGUGUUCGCUUGUAACAGCUAGUCUGACGAAUGGGCUUCUCAGGCAGAAGUGCCCAGAUGAGGACUGUCCACUUGCAGUUAUAGCAGGGACACAUUGCUUCAGAAUUGGUGCAACUCCAGGGAGCUCCCUGCUUGGAUUUUGAUGCUUUCUCAAGUUUCCAUGGUGUUUGUUGGCUCUCAAUGUGUUGAUGUAAUGUGUGAUUUUCCACAUAUACCUUCUUUGGCUCCAUCAUCCACUUAUUUAAUGUGGUAUCCCUUUGUGAGGGCUGAGUGUUACAGACAGACGUGGCGAGGCAAGGCAUCCCUGACUCUUAAACAGCAGUAGUUGCACCAUAGUUGCCAGUUUCAUCUCUCAACCAUUAGAUUUCAAUCCAGAUUACAGUCUUAUUUUUGGUUCAGAUACAGAGAAUUUCUUCCUGGUAGGAUUUCAUGUUGCUGCUCUAAGUACAGAUGCAAUUUCUGUUAACUCUGUAAUCAGAAAAAGUAACUUGAUUUGUGUCAUAUAAUUUGUUAAUAAAGAAAUGAUGCAUAUUUGUUAUCAUUUUGUGACCCUUUAGGUUCUCAGAGACUCCUUUUUUCCCAAUUUAAUCAGCAAAGUUUUAUAAAGUAAUGAGAAUAUUAAUAGAAAUUAAUUAACUUGGUUCUUAUAACUGAUACCUCUGCUUUUCUAGUUGUGAUGUUUCCUUGUCACUGUUUUAUGUGAACAGUUUUAGUGUUCAUUUUGGUGCUUUACACUGAACUCACAAAUACGUUUUUAUUUUACCUCAGGCAACUAACACUUUUAAAAAUACACUUUUAAGUUUUUAAUGUUGGGCUUACCUUUUGUAGAUGUCUUUGAAGAUACUUUUUGGUGUGCAUUUGGCACUAUGACAGCAUCAUGAUUUUUAAGCUAUUACCUUUGAUUUAAUAUGGUCACUUUAAUUAUUUUUACAAAGAUCCUGACUUUUCAGCAGUGUAUUUUGCUAACCCAGAUUCUGCUUAAUCAAGUUUAAUGGAAUAAAAAGCUGUUACAGCCAGUCAUUAUCUGGAGUAUCUUGUUUAAGGAAAGAAACUGCAGUUACUACUUUUAUAGUCUCUUAACCAACUUGUAUUUUUACCUUUCUUAGAAACGUGAAGGGCUUCUCUUGCUUUGGUACCUCCUGGCAGAAUAACUGGUGCUGCCUGUAGCUGCAUGCCUAAAGCCACUAUGCUCACCUACUUUCUCACCCUCAGGGGAGCCAUUUUAGGAUCUUAUUUCCAUUUCUGCCCUGAAGUUAUAAAUACUUGGCAUCUGUUCUAGAAUAAAUGUAAAGACCAGAUGAAACAGCUGUGAUAAUUCAGAUGUGUGGCAUCUGUCUGAUCACAUGUUCCAGGAAAGCUAGAAUAAAAAUACAAUACAUAGGUAAGAGAUAACAAGUACAAUCAGUUGAUCCAUAACUCUUAGUGUAAACAAGUUUCUUUAAGAAUAGUAUUAAUAAAUUUGAAGAAAGGUAAGAUGUUGAAUUUUAAAUAAAGUAAUGUUGAACAGAGACUCUUCACACCAGUCCUGGAAAUUCACCAUCCAGUAAUCUUUUUUUCUUUUGCCAGUAAAGUAUUCAUUAGUUACAUUCGUGUUUUUAACUAUGAAGUUAAACAGAGCAUUGGUUUAGUUGUCAGGUGUUCUUUUCUCUCCAGCCUUCAAUGGGUGAAAAGUAAUUAUUUCCAUUUCUUUUUAGUGAACACUUUUUUUCUGCAAGUUUUUCUGUAGUUCUAUGGAAUGUCAUAGUGAAUCAUUUCCUAGCUGAUUUCAUCUUAGAGAAUGUAAAGCAGUACCCCCAUUUUAACUUGAAUCUGACAUCGGACUUAGUGGCACUGGGUUCAUAUGACGUGGAAGCUUGGUGCUGUCGUUUUGAUGGGUGAUUGAUGGUUCUGCCUGAUUCCCAUCUUUCCUGCUACAGUUCUACAUGCAUACAGUGAAACUUGUAGAAGAGAAUUUAAGAAUUUUUCUGCUUUUUAAGAGUGUCAUGCCUCCUAUCAAAUAAAUGACUGGUUUGUAUGACCCCUGCUCCUCCCCCCUCUUGUUAGGAACCACACUGCAGUUCCUAGAAGAAACAAAUAAAGUUUUUGAAAGUUU